AUGUCUGGACCGGGACUAACCUCGAACCAGUCUUCUGCACAGAGCGAUCUAUCACGCUUUUCCGACUCGGAGCCAGAGCAAGAUAGAUCCCCUCCCGGAAAGUCUACCGCAGACAUCCUCUCAGGUGUCUAUCGUGGCUUCAAAAAAUUUGCUCCGAGCAGAGACGGCGAAUCGAGGAUCACGAGACAGCCGUCUCUUUCUCGACUGGGUCUGCGCAGCGUUUCCCCUAGCUUGACCUCAACCCCGUCUCCGCCUCCUUCCUCGACGCCUACCCCCGUCCCGAACUCGUCCAAGAACCGGCCGCUUCAGCAUGGGAGGAGUUUGAGUCUACAGAGUAGUCUUGCCAAACCCUUGCCCGAACCACCACCACUGAUCCCCUCGCCCACAGGGCUCGACGCCCCUCCUACCUCGCACUACAAUCUCGGAAACCUCGGUGCCAUAGACGAGGGCCCGGCCGAUGAUACAGACAGUCGCACCAGCACGAUGGAUUCCAGCAUCUCGACAGAACGAGCUCAGAUGUACGGAGGUGGGCCAGCGUAUAACGCUGAUAUGGCCAGCAGCCAGAGCAGCUUGGCAAGCUCUUCGAGACAAGAUGGGAAUGAGGAUAUGAGAGAGAACCCGAGCUUGACGCCGCGGAGUGGCGGUCCCUUGUCUGCCGGACCGUCUCCUUCCAGCCAAAACAGGACACCUGCCACGGCGGUCGGUACGCCGACCGCCUCCUCUUCGGCCCAUCUUUCCGGUCUUAUGUGCAAUGUCCACCGGACCACUGGUCGAGAGCCCCACCCGCUCGUUGGCGCCACAACCACCAUACUGGGCGACAAGCUCUAUGUCUUUGGCGGGAGAAUACUAUCACGGAGUCGCCCGGCUCCCCUGACCUCCGAUCUGUACGAGCUGGAUCUUAUUCGCAGGCAUUGGUCCAAGCUCGAAACUACAGGCGACAUACCGCCCCCUCGAUAUUUCCACUCCAUGUGUGCGCUGGGAGACACCAAGAUGGUGUGCUACGGAGGCAUGUCCCCGACGCCGAACCAGUCCGCCGCCGGUCCGGAUCAACAGCCCGAAGUCACGGUCAUGUCGGACAUUUACAUAUACGACAUUCCGUCCCGCAAAUGGACCUUCAUACCUACGCAGGAUCCGCCUCAAGGUCGCUACGCCCACUGCGCUUGUAUCCUGCCUUCGCCAGCCGCCUUUACAUCACACAAGGCACCAAUGUCGGCCUUGCAACAUAAUCCAUCAUCCGGCAACCCGAACGAGGGAAGGAUAGGAAUCAACAUUGACGGCACGGGCGGUGCUGAGAUGGUGGUGGUCGGCGGCCAAGAUGGCGCCAACCACUACAUCGAGCAGAUUAGCGUCUUCAACCUCCGUAGCCUCAAAUGGACGGCGAUCGAACCUCUCGACAAAAGCUGCGGCGCUUACCGAAGCGUGGUAGCGCCUUUGCCCCCGUCUGUGUCGGCACGGAUUGGCAAGUCCAAUGUAAACGGAUUCCAGCGAGAGGGCGGCAUCAGCCAGGAAGCCCGGGAACCCGGGUCCUCCAUGCUCAUCUACUCCAACUACAAUUUUCUGGAUGUCAAGCUCGAGCUACAAAUCAGGUCAUCGGACGGCACUCUCACUGAGAAGCCCAUGACGGGCUCCUACUCGCCCCCGGGAUUGCGGUUUCCCAAUGGCGGCGUCAUUGACACGUAUUUUGUGGUGAGCGGCACAUACCUCACGUCCUCGAAGCAGGAGUAUGCGCUAUGGGCUUUGGACCUCAAGACCCUGACUUGGUCCCGAAUCGACGCUGGAGGCGCGGUUUUCAGCCAGGGUAGUUGGAAUCGCGGUGUGCUGUGGAACCGCAGGAAUACGUUUGUUAUUCUCGGCAAUAGGAAACGAAGUCUCGUCGACGACUAUAAUCAUCGGCGUAUCAACUUUUCUAAUGUUUGCAUGGUCGAGCUGGAAGCCUUUGGGUUCUACGACAACCCGAGGAAGACGAGCCCGAUGUCUGGAUUCGUAUCGGCCAGUAGCCCGUACACCGGGCCCGGUCUUAGUCUGGCUAGAAAGGCCGGAACUACGGCGGGAGGGCGCGCCCAUUUGAGGGCCGCUGAAGAGUUGGGGGAGAAAGCGCUGGCCUUGCGGGAGAUAUGCGACAUGGAUAUUCUGUGCUUGCAUGGAGAGAGGAUUCCCAUCAAUUCGCGGAUGGUGGCACGUCGAUGGGGGCCUUACUUUGUCCAGCUGCUGCGGGAGGGAACGGCGACUCAAGACGGCAGCGACGCUAUGACGUUGCGGUCUGGUUCUGGGGUCAGCAACCCCGUCAGAAAUUCCACUCUGACCAUCACACCAGCCCGCAAUACCGUAGAGAGCUCGAGCUCCAUGACGAGCGCCACCCUGUCGUCCGGCUCGUCGUCCAAAACCCCGAGUACGGCUCCGACCAGUGCCUCGGCAGCCUCUUUCUCGAUCCCGGGCUCCGGUGGCGGCGUCGACGCAACCACGGUCAACUCGGCCCCGACACCAAGGUCUCUGCCUCCCAACUCGCGACCUCGCUGCCUGUACCUCCCGCACACCUAUCUCACCGUACAGGCGCUUCUUCAUUUCCUUUACACGUCCUCGCUGCCGCCCCCGUCAUCGCCCCUGUGCACGGCCCCUAUCUUGUGCUCGCUGCUCCAAAUCGCCCGGCCAUAUCGGGUCGACGGCCUCCUCGAAGCGGUGGUCGAGCGCCUGCACGCUCUUUUGGACUCGAGAAACGCAGCCGCCGUGUUCAACGCAACUGCAAUGGCUGCUGGUGGCGGCCGUGGCAUCGACGGCUCUUUGAACCCCAACUACUUCGUACCCCUGGACGCCAUGGGCUCGCCCAUGUUCCUCUCGGAUGGGUCUCAGAAUGGCGGCAGCAGUGCAGACCUGCAAGGCCUCUCAUCCCGCAAAGCCGCACUACGCAUCAAUACCUCCAUGUCUUCGGGCCGGCCUUCCAGCGACGAACUGAGCGCCACAACGAGCGUCAGCGGAUCUGAAUGGAGUUCAGAAAUCGGCGAUUCGGAGCGCGGGGGCAUGCGCGAAAUCUGGGGCGGCGAGCUCAGCUCCGUGAUUGGCUUGCAAAAGAGGGGCUUGCGGGGUCUCAUGGAAGGCAGGAGAAUGCGUGAGCGUACCGGGACGAACUCGGGCAAUGGCAUGGGUUCGUACAGUGGUGGACAAGGCCGAGUGGGGCUUGGGAUCGCCAGCUCAUGA